GUUUGUCGUUGCAUGCUGUGUGUACUCAACGAUAGUUUUCUCUACGAUUUUUAUACAAUCAAGUUAUUUAGUUUUUUCUUAUCUCACUUAAUAUAUAUUUGUUUGGCUACUUUUGGGCUCGUCUUGCAUCAUUUGAAAAUUACAGCUGGCAACACUAAAUUCGAAUAGAUGUCGUAGUGAUGGCUGCCGGACCGAUUGCGGAACGUAAUCAAGAUGCCACAAUUUAUAUUGGUGGACUUGAUGAAAAAGUGUCCGAAGCUAUUUUAUGGGAAUUAUUUGUUCAAGCUGGACCUGUUGUAAACGUCCAUAUGCCAAAAGACAGAGUAACAGGACAACACCAAGGUUAUGGUUUUGUAGAAUUCAUGGGAGAAGAAGAUGCCGAUUAUGCAAUUAAAAUUAUGAAUAUGAUUAAACUUUAUGGGAAACCUAUAAGAGUAAACAAGGCAUCAGCUCAUCAAAAAAAUUUGGAUGUCGGCGCUAAUAUAUUCAUCGGAAAUCUUGAUCCUGAAGUUGAUGAGAAGUUACUGUAUGACACAUUUAGUGCAUUUGGUGUCAUUUUACAGACUCCUAAGAUAAUGAGAGAUCCUGAAACAGGAAAUUCAAAGGGGUAUGCCUUCAUCAAUUUUGCUAGUUUUGAAGCCUCAGAUGCUGCUAUAGAAGCAAUGAACGGGCAGUAUCUAUGUAAUAGACCUAUUACAAUAUCUUACGCAUUCAAAAAAGAUUCAAAAGGAGAAAGACAUGGUUCAGCAGCAGAACGUCUUCUAGCUGCUCAGAAUCCACUUUCUCAUGCAGAUAGACCUCAUCAAUUGUUUGCCGAUGCACCUCCACCACCGUGUGCACCAGUGGUAGCACCAAUGGCUGCACCACCACCGCCGCCACCACCAAUGGUUGGACUUCCUCCUCCGCCAAUGACAGUGGUUACAUCUGGUAAAUUAAGUACAUAAUCAUUAAUUCAAAAAAAUUCACAUGUAGUAAACUCAAUAUCUUUAAAAGUGUUUUCUAGAUAUCAAAAUAACCAUAAAUGAUUCCAUAACUUCUCUUUUAAAAUAGGAAUACAGUCGACCCUCCCAUAACACUGUUGACGAUUCCAUUUUAUAUGAAUUUCAUGUUGUACGAGUCACUUAGAUUUUACAAAUCCAUGAGCU